AUGACAGAGACUCAAGAAAAACAACUAUAUAACGAAGGGGAGGAAGAUACUCGGUGUGCUGUUUGUUCUGAUCAGGCACAGGGAUUACAUUUUGGGGUUAUGGUUUGUAGAGCUUGUGCUGCAUUCUUUAGACGUUCAACAAUUGCUAAGCGAGUUUAUCAAUGUCGUUAUAGUGGAAAUUGUCAAAUUAAUUUUAGAGAAGUGCGUUGUUCUUGUCGUGCUUGUCGAUUUGCUCGAUGUAUUUCAUUAGGCAUGGAUCCAAAUGCCGUACAAAAACAUAGAGAUCAAUUAGGACCAAGAAAAAUGCCAACAGAAAAAGGGAAGAAUAACGGCAGCAACAAAAUAAUUAAAAAACAACAAAUUAAAAAUGAAGAAAAUAAUAAUUUCACAACAAAUUCUUCUUUAUUAACACCAAUUAAUAUAAUGAAUGCAAUGCAAUUACAAUUAAAUAAUAAAUUAAUUGAAGAAAAUGGCCGUUCUUAUACACUUUUAAAUGGCCAAUUAAAUAAUGAUAAUUCUUAUUUAAUAGAAAAUAAAAACAAAAAUUCUUUUACUGAUACAUUAUUACAAGCAUUACCCUCAGCUUUUUCACCAAUACAAAAACAACAACAAUCAUCACCAACAGAUAUAACAACAACAACAACAACUUUAGAUAGUGGAAAUGUUUCUGCUACUUCUUCUGUUUUUUCUUCUCCGUUAAAUCCUGGAAGUGCUAAUGGACAUACAAAUCACUCCCCUUCUUCAAAUAUUCUUUCCAUGAUUACACCACAAACAUCAGAAUCCUGGUUAUAUAAUAACCCAACUUCUACUUCCUACAUUAAUAUAUUAAAUACUUGUUGCUCCCCUUCUGAUAAUUAUUCUUUAGACAAAUCUACUAAUUAUUACCCUUCACUUAAUGAGAUGCUUAAAGGAUAUUUAAAAUUAGAAAACAAAAAUUAUUCUUACAAAAAAGAUGAAAAUGAGGGCGAAAAAGAAAUUAUGAUGAAUGAAGGAAAUUAUACAGAAAAUGUAGAUUCAAUUAAAGCAGAAUCAUUUUCUGUUUCAGAAAUGAUUGAAGAGCAUUUCUUUCGAUUAUUAAAUUCAAAUAAUUUUAAUUCUGAUACAAGAUGGACAAUGUUAAGAAAUUUUUUCUUUCCAUUUGUUUUGGCUUAUAGAUCAUUUAUUUCGUCAAAAUGUUUUCCUAAUCCUGAGGAUACAAGAUUGAUAUCUACCCCAGGAAAAACAUUUUUUGAUGUUCGACAGCUUCAACACUUCUUCAAUGUAGAGCAAUGCUUAACUGACCCAGAAAGUAUUGCACAAAUAUUUGCUCCAACAUUUCGAUAUUCAAUUAUAAUUAAAAAUUCAAUGUCAAAACUUUGUCUAACAGAAUUAGAAUUUGCUGGUCUUCUUGGAUUGCUUUUUUGGAAUGAUAAAAUUGAAAAUUUAAAUGAUGAAGAACGUUCAAGUAUUUUAAAAAUAAGAAAACAAAUAUUUGAAGAACUUUAUAUUUUAUGUAAAAAUAAUAGUACAAAAUCAGAGGAUUUAAGUAUUAGAUAUUGCACAAUUAUUAAUUAUUUUCAUUUUUAUCAGGUAAAAUUUAAAUUUAAUUAA